AUGCCGCAAAUGGUGGCCCAACCUGUUCCAGUUAGUUUUCAAGGACCUCUGCCAAAUGGUAGUGUGGGACUCAUUAUAGGUCGCCCUUCCUUAACACUGAAAGGUCUUAUCAUCCACCCAGGGAUUUUAGAUGCUGGUUAUACACAUAAGCUUCAAGUUCUUUGGUCUAGUCCUAAAGGAGUCUUCUCCAUAUCAUCAGGAGAUCGUAUCGCACAGUUGGUCUUGCUUCCCAGCCUUCAAGAUAAAUUUCCUUCUACUGACAAAGACCGAGAGGGGGUUCUGGGGUCAUCAGGGAUAGAUCAGGCCCAUUUAAUAAUGGAUUUACAGACCAGGUCCACUUUAACAUUAAAAGUGGAAGGUAAACAGUUUUCUGGCAUCCUAGAUACUAGAGCUGAUAAGAGUAUCAUCUCUGCUAAUUGGUGGCCUAAGGCUUGGCCUGUCACUCAAUCAUCCCACUCCUUACAAGGGCUGGGAUAUGAAGCCAACCCCUCAGUCAGUUCACAGACCCUCUGUUGGGAAGCCCCCGAGGGCCAGAUUGGAACUUUUACCCCAUAUGUUCUUCCAUUGCCAGUCAACCUAUGGGGUCGAGAUGUGUUACAACAACUAAAUUUACGGCUGACUGACACCUAUUCUCCACAGGCCAUUAACAUGAUGUCUCAUAUGGGCUAUCGAGAGGGUAGAGGACUAGGGGCGAGGGAACAAGGCAGACCUGAUCCCAUCUCCCCUGUAUCUCAGUCAGACAAGAAGGGCCUGGGUUUUUCCUAG